CCUUGGUUAUCGAAUGCCAUACCAAAGUAAGCCGGUACCUGAGACAGGUUAAUGGCGCAUAUAGUCGAAGCAACGCGAGUCUUAGAAUGGUCACUACGCAAUUUAAAUAAACCUACAUUCAGAAAUGCGGUAUGUGGCUACAUUGGUUGAAUGCUAAUCGCAGUACACUGGACAGGCAUCGUGAAAUGCGUUCUGCCGAAAUUUGUUCAUUUAAUAUGGGCUGGCCGUUUCCUCCCGUCUCUCGCGUUGUUCUCUGUUUCAAGAAUCUGCUGAUACAUCAGAUUGUUGUACCAACGCAAUGGCUACGCAUUGUGAAACGAUUCUUUUUUUUUUCCAUAGUUAAGGACAGGGCUUUACUUGCGAGAUCUGUCGCACACUUUUGGCGAUUUUGGAUUUGCUGGUUGCCCAGUAGAAGCUCUUCACUGAACAUGCAGUUGAACAUUUUUUUUUUUUUUAUUGAGGCCUUUGGUUAAACUUACAGGUGUGAACGGAAGUAAGCGGAACAGUGGAGCUGUGGCCUAACUCACCCCAGGCUGCUAGAGACUCGGGGGAAGGUAGAAAUUGUAUCACGCAUGCGCGCACGCUGGCGCUCAUAGACAGUUCCCAAUAUAUUUCUUUGCUCGGGGAUCGGCGCGCCGUUCGCAGCUCUGAAUGCGGCUGAACGCUCACUAGCCUGAUGUCGCUGAUAGCAUUGCUAUACACACCUGCGUCACCAGCGCCAUCAUGCUAAUGAGUGUUGAGCCGCAGAAGCGGCGAACGUCGCUCGAAUCCUGUGGUGAAGAAACAGAUCGAGUGGUGAACAGGCCACGAGCCGUGCGAUGAUCGCAUGCCUGAUCCAAUUUAUAGCUGACCCGCCACUGUGCGGAAGCGCACUGCGGUGAAAUUCGGCCUCAGCUCCCGUGUUCCAAUUGGUUUUUUCCGCAACUUGUGUGUCAGGCACUUGUGCUAUGCUAAAGGGGACGUGUCACUACCUGUGUUCGUCAUCAACGUUUACUUGUCGUCGUUUGACAAGUCGCAUGACUGUUAGUCGGAACUCCGCUGUGCACAGCCAGAGGCCAUGCCUCCUGCUAAGAAGAAGCGGACCGACAAGGAGUGCGACUGGAAGCAGUGGUGUCGUAGGAAGUGCAGCAUCAGGCUGGUGCUGGGCUACGUGGCGCCCCUGCUCCUGACGCCGGCGGCAGUCGCCAACAGCAACAUGGGGUGGUGCCUGUCGGUGGGUCUGCUGAUGGUCGCGUGGACACUCUUGGGCACGGUGCCGGUGCCAAUCACCUGGCUGCUCCCCUUCUUCGUCCUUCCCCUGGCUGGCGUCACCUCCGUCUCGGACCUCGCCGACAUGUUCAUGGAGGACAGCCUGGUGAUCCUGCUGCUCGGCAUGAACCUGCUGGUGGCCGCGGGCGAGGAGACGGCGCUGUGCUCGCGAGUCGCGCUCUACGUGAUCGAGGCGUUCGGGCUGCGCCUGCGCGGCAUCCUCCUCGGCAUCACGGGCGUCACCUUCCUGUCGGCGCAGCUCCUGAUGGGAGGCUCCGCCACGCUGCUCAUGUGCGCCGUGGUCGAGGCCACCAUGUUCGAGCUGCAGCACGACCUCAUCGCCGCAACCAUCGCGCACGGCAGGCGCCGAAACGUGCGCACCACCGUCGGCGAGGACGUGGUGAUGACGCCCGUGCACGUGAUGGUCAUCUCGCCGCGCAAGACGCCGCCUAGCGGCAGCUCGCCCGACGACUACGACGAGGACGACGACGACAUGGACGAGAGCAGCGAGGACGACGACGAGGGCGACCUGCGGCCCCGCGUCCUGGUGCCCUCCAUCGCCCCCUUCGACGCGCGCAACCCGGGCGCCUUCUAUCAACUGCACGGGACCGUGCCGGACGAUCCCAGAUACAUCGUUGGCAUGGACGCCGUCAUACCAGAGAUUGACCAAAAUGAGGAUCCCCAAGCGCCGAAGAAGAGCCCCAUACUGAAGCAUCGAAACACGGCCAAGAUGUUCCUCCUGGAAGCGCACCGGUUCCACAAGAUCAAGAAGGCGCUGCUCAUCAACGUGGCCCACACGAGCGCCGUCGGCUGCAUGGCCAGCAUUUUGGGCAGCACGUCGGGCAUCUACCUCCGGGACUACUUCCACUUCACGUACGGUUACGACGCCGUGACCGCGCUCUCGUGGACGCUGCUGGGUCUUCCCGUGGCCACCGUGUCCGUCCUGCUCUGCGCCUUCAUCACCUACUUCCUCUUCCUGCGGGCAUACGAUAUCCAGGAAGACGGCGACACCCUGAAGGUCAUCAGCGAAAUAAUCAAGAAGAAGCGGAAGUUUCUGGGCAAGCUCACGUACGCCCACGAGUCGGUGAACGUGAUGGCGGUCGUGGUGCUGCUGUCCUUCCUGCCGCACGGUCACCGGACCGGGUCGGUGCUCGACUGGCACACCGUGUCCGGUCGCAUCUCCUGGCGGGCACUGCUCUCGGUGGGCGGUGGCCUCUCGCUUGCCGGAGCCGUAGAGUCCACGGGUCUGUCGCGGCGCAUCACCGAGAAGCUGAGCAGCCUGGACUUCCUCAGUCCGCUGCAGACCCAGGUGGUGCUCAUCGUGUUGACCACACUGCUCGCCGAGGUCAACACCAACGUGGUCAUCGCCAGAUUCCUCAUACCCAUCGCGUCGGACAUCGGCGUGCUGACCAACGUGCACCCGCUGUACUACGCACUGCCCGUGGCCAUGGCGUCGUGCACGCCCACCCUGCUGCCCACGUCGGCGCCCAGCAUCGCCGUCGUCACUUCUGCCAUGGACAUCCAAGUCGUCGACAUCAUCCCUCGGGCGACGACGGUUUGGCGCGCCACCUGGAGACGGCGGUCCGCGUGGCUGCGCUGCUGGCCGUCGACUCGGUCGUGGUCAGCCUCAGCGUCAUCACGGUCGAGAUGUACCCGACCGUGCUCAGGGUCGGCGGCCUGGCCUUCGCCUACGGGGGCGGUCGGUUGGGCGCCAUCGCCGCGACCUUCGCGAGCUCCGGCUCUCGCCUGGGUCGGGGCGUCGAGCUCGUCGUGGUCUCGCUGCUGCUGGUGGCGUUCGGCGCCUUGGCCCUGGUCGUGAUGCCCGAGACCACCAAGAUCCACGCCACGAACAUGUCCCCCGUGGUCGACGCACGCACUGCCGAAAGGGACAAGUGGAUGCUCGACGCGCCGCUCAG